CCAUGCCGGGGAAGGGCAGCGGCUGCGCCCCGAGCUGCUGCUCCACCGCUAUCUCCAAGUCGAACUUGAUAUGGUCCACGCUGGCGAUGAUCUCCUGCAUGGCGGCGGCGGCGGCCCCCGGCCCGGCUCCCCUCAGACCCCGCCUCCUCCGUUUCUAUCCGCCGCGGCGCCGCCACACACGCUCCCGCCGCCUCGCCGCCGCCGCCGCCGCCGCCGCCGCCGCCUCAGCCCAGGGGAUGCCGGGAGCGCCGCAGCCCGCGCCGCAUCUAGCCUGGUCAGGCCAAGCAAAUCGAGUGCGGGCGGACAAGCCCCGCCUCCAAGCCAGCCUAGCCGCAGGCCGAACGCGCGCGCGAAGUUCGCAGAACCUGACGCGCCCGCCACACGAAUGCGCCUGCGCGAGUCAGCGUGUCGCGGGAAGAGUGACGCCCUGGGAAGGAAAGUCAGACAUGGGCCUCAUGAGACUCGCCAGGCUUUUCUCUGGCCCCCGCCCAGUGGGAUUGUCUGUCCUCCAACACCUUAGCUGUCUAGGAGCCAGGAGGGCAAGAGGCAGGGAGAGGCCUGCACAACUGAGGACCGCAUGGCUGACUCAACCAGGACCAGCUGCCUUCUGUAGCUCCCCCUCUCAGCUGCCCCCUGACCAGGGGAGCCAGAAGAAUACAGACAGCCUCAGCUCUGACCUGAGUCAACAUAGUCCCACAGCUUCCUGGGAGGAAGAAGAGGAGGAGGAGAGCUUUGGGACCAUCUCUAACAAAUACUCUUCCCGGAGAAUGUUCCGUAAAUCCACAGCCCAGUUGUAUGACCUACAGCUCAGAGAACAGAAUGUGGAAGAUGACGAGGAGGAACUGGAGCAGAAACCCUGGACUGGCCGGAGAAACACCCCCUACUGGUACUUCCUUCAGUGCAAACUCCUGAUUAAGGAGGGGAAGCUAGCAGAGGCUCUGGACUUGUUUGAGAGGCAGAUGCUGAAGGAAGAGCGACUCCAGCCCUUCGAGUACAACUACACGGUGCUGAUCGGGGGCUGUGGGCGGGCCGGCUACCUGAAGAAGGCCUUCAGGCUCUACAAUGACAUGAAAAAGCGGGACCUAGAGCCCUCAGACUCCACUUACACAGCCCUCUUCAACGUCUGCGCCGAGUCCCCAUGGAAGGACUCGGCCCUGCAGAGUGCCCUGAAACUCCGGCAGCAGCUCAAGGCCAAAAACGUCCAGCUCAACCUGAAAACCUACCAUGCCCUGCUGAAGAUGGCUGCCCUGUGUGCUGACCUCAGGCUGUGCCUCGAUGUGUUCAAGGAGAUUGUCCACAAGGGGCACACAGUCACAGAGGAGACCUUCAGCUUCCUGCUCAUGGGCUGUAUCCAGGACAAGAAAGUGGGGUUCCGAAUGGCCCUUCAGGUAUGGAGGCAGAUGCUCAGUGCGGGACUAAAGCCCAGCCGGCACGGCUACAACCUGCUGCUGGCAGCAGCGCGGGACUGCAGCCUGGGGGACCCCAAGGUGGCGGCGGCCUUGCUGCUGAGCUCCAAGGAGGAGCCUGGCCUGCCCCAGUCCCCACGGCGGGCAAGGAAGAGAGCCCUGCUCCCCGGUGGCAUGGUAGCUAGGCAGCAUGUGGAGGCCCUGGAGAGGCAGUUGUUUCUGGAACCUUCUGAGGCACUUGGGCACCCACUGGCACUUCAAGAAGCCAGAACCACCAGUAAGGCCCAGCCUGGUGUGAAGCCCAUGGUAGAGCCUGAUCACACUGUGGCUCUCACCCCAGUGGCCCCAGCACCAGCCCCCCAGCAGCUGGAGAUCAGCCUCCUGACAUUGGAGCCUAUCCCUGCCGCUGUGGUCUCCUUUGGGAACGUAAGCAGCCCAGCAGGUAGACUGACUCUCAUGGGGGGCCUGGAGGGCUUUCUGGGCCAGAUGGCGGAGCACGCCCUGCAGCCCGACAUCAAAACGUUCACGCUGCUGGCUGAGGUGGUAGAACCCGGGAGCCCUGAGGAGGCCUCGCUGCUGACCGUCCUGGACAAACACCAGCUGCAGGCUGACCUGACGUUCUUCAACACGCUGAUGAGGAAGAAAAGCAAGCUGGGCGACCUGGAGGGAGCGAAGGCGCUGCUGCCAGUCCUGGCCCAGAGGGGGCUUGUCCCCAACCUGCACACCUUCUGCAACCUGGCCAUCAGUUGCCACAGGCCAGCAGAUGGUCUGCAGCUGCUUUCGGAUAUGAAGAAGUCCCAGCUGACACCCAACGCCCACAUCUACAGCACUCUCAUCAAUGCAGCCCUCAAGAGGCUGGACUAUGCCUAUCUCAUCGCCAUUCUGAGGGACAUGAGGCAGAACCAAGUCCCCGUCAAUGAAGUGGUUCUCCGCCAGCUGGAGUUCGCAGCCCAGUACCCACCCACCUUUGACCGGUACAAAGGAAAAAACACUUACUUGGAGAAGAUCGAUGGCUUCCGAGCAUAUUACAAACAGUGGCUGAAAGGGAUGCCAGCAGAGGAAACCCCCCACCCAUGGCAGAAGUUCCGGACUAAGCCUCCGGAAGGUUUGGAAGCAGGUGAUGCCUCAGGACGGCGGGCAGAGCGGGGACGCAACACAAGACCUUCACUGUGAGCCCUGGGUGUUCCUUCCACAGGAAAUCCUCUUGAACCCACCAGUGUAGACUUAAGCCUGAGGAAGAGAUCUCGCUCAGGUUGAGAGCUGCAGCAUUUUGCAGGCACUGGUAUGAGGACUAAUGAUGGACUUGAGGUGCCCAAGUUCACAGCCGGCCCAGCCUCCUGCCUGAGAGGUUGUCACCCUGUCAAAUCCUGAGGGUCUGGUCUCCAGGGCCUGAUGCUCUCCUGCAGGGCCUCCCAAAAGAACAAAUACAGGGCCCAAAAGGUUUAAAAGUUUUAUUUCUACAAAUGACAGCUGGAGAACACCAGUCUUUAUCUGGAGGGGCCAGGCGCACACUCCGGCCCAGGCACUGGUUUUCAGGAAAGGCUGCUUUCUCCAGGGCUGACGGGUAGGAAGGAAGCUGCCAGUCCAAAAGUCCAGGGUGGAGGGGGGGCCUGUGAUUUUGUUAGCCAGAGCAGCCACGGCAGCCACAGUGUGUGCACUCUAUGAUCCGGCCCUGUAAGAGAUGGCUGAGACUCACGUGGGGAAAGGUGACCACGCUAGGGGGCUUCUGGAGCCAAGCUCCAGCAUUGUGUGCGAGGAGAAAAUGGCCACGUGGACACUCAUAAAAAUCUCACCUUACAUUUAUCCCCCA